UUAAUAUCGUAUAAGAUAUAAUCGUGUACGUUGCGAGAGUUAGACGGGUCUCAUUGACUGGUUUUCGUCGACGAUUUAAGUAAACCCAAUAUCAUCGGCUCCUUCCUAGUCCUUUUCGUCCACUUUGUCGUACUGAGGAAAUCUGGAGAGAAGAAACGGAUUAAUUCGUUGGUUCAGAUCAUAACAAGCUUCGCUACCCUGCCCCGCAGCAAGAAGACAAGUAAGAAGAAGGUGGCAUGAAAUUUAGAAACUGCUGCUGAUCGUAUCAAGGAAUAAGAGCAAGCCUUUUCUUUCGACUUAUUUGAAUUUCUACGUGCAGCGAUAAAACGAUCAGCAGCAGAGACAGCUAUAAACCUAUGAAAAUGCAUAAUGCAUCGCGCGACAUUGUGCCCUAGCACUAACGUUACACGAUUCGUUUGUACAUAGUUUCUCUCAUAAUUUCUAUUUCAGUUUCGCAAGAACGUGAUUCUCAUCGAUUGUAAUCGAGCAUCUAGUUAAAUAGACAUAGGAGAAUUUGUCCUGUUCGUCGGGUUACAUUAAAAAAAAGCAAAGCAACGAUAGAGUAAAAAAAAAAAAAAAAAAAGAGAAGAAUCAGCCAUUCGUAACCGAUCUGUAACACCGUUGCUCACAGUCAUCCAAGAGGUUCUUAGAUACUUCUGUAUUAUGCUUUUUAUCGCGUAUCCCGAGACCCGUGUGCGUAACGUCGUUUACACGACCACACACUACGGUUCUAAUCGAAUUUUAUAAUAUAUAGGUACACGCGUAACGAUAACGGGGGAAGGAAAACUUCCGGUGUUUAUCGCACUCGAUCAAUGUUGCUUACGAUCAAGCGUAGACCUUAUUAAUAGAGACACGUGAUUUACCGUCGAUGCCCGAAAAUCGCAUGCGAUUCCAUUUCUAAGCUUUUCUAAGCUGUAGCUCUCGUGUUUCCGUCAAACAUCACUGGAUCAUUGUAAAAAGAAACAAGAAGAUAAAGAAGAGGAAAAAGUAGAAGAAGAAGAAAAAGCGCAAUUAAAAGAGUCAGUUGUAUUUGCGAGAGAAAGGGAUGAAUUUUAUGAAAUCUAGUCAACAAACAAAACGUACUCAGGCAACUUUCGAAUAGUGCCACUCAACUUUCUACGUAUAAUUUGUCUAUAUACAUACGUAACUGUAGCUAGCAGAGAUAGGGAGACGUGCGGUGAUCGAUGACCGAUAAACGACCGUAUGAAACUAAACGAUCAUUGCACUUUUUCACGGAAAUUAGAACUCGCGAAGCGUUGCAUAACGUUCGUAACUGUAAUAAGACCGUAGAGAAAUUUGUAAGAUCCCGUUGACGAUCAGCCACUUGUCCUAUGAUUCUGAAAUCUUAAGGUUGCACGUGACAACAGUCCGCUUACGUGUACUUUCGUUCGAACUCGAGUCGUGAAACAGAACAAGGCACGAAAAGACGCGCAACGAUCUGCGCUUCCCUUAAAGUCUGAGUUUUGUUAGAUCUGAAAGAUAGUUGGAAUCGAAUGUUAGCCUCAAAUCGGCUUUAUUUCAACGUUGAACCACUUGUUUCCUAGCGAUGAAAGAGCGCGAGGGAUUGAAAUUAGAAAUCAUUGAAACGUACGCGAAUCCCUGCCCGAGUGAGGUGCAUGGUAUUAUUUUUUGCUUGAGAGUUGGCAACUAUGACGUGAUAACUCUUGUUUUAAUAUAGAAUCGCAUCUGUUUAUAAGUUGUUUGCGCGCACGGUAUACCGAGCAGAAAAUUUACGCACAAACGCCGUAACUAUCUCGAAGGAGAAUUGUAACGAGCAAUUGUCGAUCUUAUCGAAUCUGUACUUUAAUUGUCACUGCGAACGCUGAGCGAAAGAUGCCACUCGAGGACGUAAUAUUAUCGUUCAGUUGAGAAUUUGUUGUACGACUAUAUGAUUUUGCUAGAUCGUAGGAAGAGAAUGCAGCUAAUGCGACGAUCGAAAUACACCGCAGAAAUUGUAGAUAUAUUUAGAGGCGAAGAAAGCUUCGAGUUAAAGAUUUGGAAGGUUCGUAAAUAUCUCUACUUAGCAGGUCGACAUUUGCAUUCGCUGUAUUUUAUCAGAUAAUGUAACAAAAUUCGACGCUUGUCAAGGGAAAUUCGUUUAAUUGUAACUUACGCGUAUUGUUAAUUCUUAACUAUCUGGAUACCUGGCCGCAACUGUGCGUGUAUGCGAAACUAGAAAGGAACAUGCUCAAUCUUAAGAAUCUUUGCCCGUGCUCGAUAGGAGAAAACUUGGAAAAAAGUGUUACAGUACCUCGAUAUUGUUCGAGCUUUCUUCUUUCCAGUUUUAAUAAGCCUUUUUGGUGCAUCGAUAAUGCACCAUGAAAUUACGUAUAUGGUGCUGCGAACUUUUUAAGUUAUUUUAUAAUUAUAUAUCUUGGCAACGUAUAUAUAAAUAUAUAUGUAUAUAUAAGGAAAACAUGUUCUGAAUGUUAAAAAGGCACCUGAAACGUUGUGAAUUAUGUGGAUAGAUUGGUUAACAGUAUUUCGGUUUAAGUAUAUCUGUAGUCAAUAAAGUCAGAUUAAAGUAUGGUACCUAUGUGAAUUUGUUUACGAUAUUAAUUGUUUCGAAAUUUGACAAAAUGUAAGUAUUCGAAAUUAUGUAAUGUUAAGCAAAAUAACUUGGACGUUGCAGAUUUCCCUAUCUGUAUAUAAUAGAAACUAAAUUAAAGUACUUACAUUCUUAUCAGAAUAAAAAUAAUUCUAUCAAAAUGCCUUUAUUAUAUACCUCAUAUUUAUGUAUAUUUUUAUUUUCUAAGCAUCUUUUUAAUUAUUCAUUAAAUCGUUCGCAUUAUAUUUUAUAUAAGGAAAAAUAAUUUAAAAUACUUAACUUUGUGUAUCGACCCACAUAGUCCGUAUAAAAAUAUAUAAAUUACAAUUACAUACAUACAUCACAUACACAUGCAUGUAUUGUAACGAAGUCGUUAUCAUUUUUGUAUCAGAUGCAAUGUUAUCGACUCAAUGUGAAGUAACUUCCAACUGUACCAUCGUACAUGGUUGAGUUGGAUAUAUAGUUCCUCCAUUCACCGCUCUAAAUGCGACAAGAAAUCCCAUAAGCUGCAGAUCUAUUCUAUAGCUUAUAUGUGGCAAUAGAUCUAUCUUCUAUCCAGGCUGUGCUAGGAUUUUCAAAUGUGACGUGAAAAUGCAUUGCGUGUUAAAUCUAGAAUACUUCUUGUCUAUGCUUAAAUACAACACCUCUUUUUGAUGACAAUUAUAAACUUCUGGGUUUUUUUAAUACUGCGGUCUGCUUUCUUAAAUUAGUAUUAUUAGUUUAGAGAUAAUUAUGUAUACAUAUAUUGUACAUAAUCAAAAUUGUACUCAUUGUAAUAUGCUUUUAAAAGCAUAUCUGAACUAUAACUGUUUUCCAUUAAACGAUCAAUAUGGCGACUUCCACAUAAUAGUAAAUAAAAGUGAUAGAUUUUGUUAAACUUUAUAAUAAAUUUCAUUGAAAAAGUGUAACUGUUUAUUACUUUUAUUUUAAUACCCAUUAUUACAAAUGAUGGUAGAUGAUGUUUUACAUUGAAGUGACUUACAUAGCUUCUUGUUAUUUCUAUCUUAAAAAAAUACGCAUAUAAUAUACGUUUGGUUUUAAAAAUCGAAGCUGUGGUAAUAUUAAAAAAUGUUGCAACGACAUCGAUUAUUAGGGGAUAAAAUACUUUUUCGAAUAUUGAAAAAUAAGAGCCCCCUCGUUAACAACAUAUGCGAAAAACUGAAUAACAAUGUGAAAAACAUUGUAUUAUUAUCAGAAGAUGAACUUUGUGAACUAUGGCUACAUAUAAAAACUGUAUUAUUAGAAGCACAAAAAUUAUGUAAACAAACAUCAAAGAAUAAAGACAAACAUGUGAAAGAGUUUAAUCUUAUGAUUAAAUUAAUACGUACAAUAACUAUCAUGGCUCUUGAAACAAUUGUACAACGAAAGUUUAUACCCAAUGUUCUAUUACAAAACAUAAUAUUACUACAUUCUGCUGUGCUACCAAAUAUAAAAAAUGAACAGGCUAAAAAUGAAAUAUCAAAUUUGCUGGAAAGGUGGUGGAUAUUAGACAUGACAUGGAAAGAGAAAGUGAUAAGAAAUGUAUUGAAAUACCUCAUCCAAAAUAGCAAAACUUCAUUGCAACAUGUAAAACGUUUAUAUGAGAUAAGGUCUAGUAUCACAUUACUGAAAUGCACUGAAGAUGUGCAAGAACUACUUAAACUUGUUCGAGAAAAAACUGUGAUGUCCCUUGAAGAAGGUCGAAUGUUGAUAUUAUAUUUAUUUACGCUUGGGGAGCAAUAUAUAUUGGGAGUUCAUAAUAAUGUAAGAGUAGUAUUACAAGAUAUUGAAUACAGUUAUAUUCCUGCAUAUGCAGAUCUAUAUGCAACAGCAUGGUUAAAUGGAACUGAAAAAUUUAAGAAAUUUAUUGUUGAAAAUUGUUUACAAAGUAUUAUUUUUUAUUGUUUCCGAACAUAUAGAGAUGAUACAGGAAGGGGAAAGCUUGGUAAAAAUCUGCUUUCAUUUGUUGCUGCUAUGCAUGAUAGCAAGCAUCAAGCAGCAAAAUUAAUGAUUCACAAUGAAUGUAAACCUUUACUUUGGCAAUAUUUAAAGGCACAUGGGUCUUUCAUCAUAUGCAAUGCUGUAGAGAUUCUCUUCAUAACAAGUUCUGUUCAAUAUACAUGUACUCCAAGAGACAGAAAUAAAAUCUAUAUUCAAAAAUAUUAUGAAACAAUAACAGAUCUCUUAAAAGAUUCAGAUUCUGAAGUGUGCAAUGUUACUAUAAAAGGUCUGUUUAAAAUGUUAGAAAAAUAUUGGAAUCAUGUCCCAAACAAUAUUAUUCUGAGUUGGUUAAAUAUACUACUACAACAUACAAAAAAAGCCAGUAAUUCCGAAAUAAGGGCAAACAUUUUUACUGGUUUAAAAAAAAUAUUAGUUAAAGAACGAUCUUAUAUGAUACUUAAAGAUUUUCUACCAAAUUUCGCAAACAGUAUUUAUGACGAAGAUCAAAUGGUAUUAGAAGCGUUAAUUAAACUUCUUUACCAUGCACAAAACCAACUUGGAAUACCAUUCUGGAAUAUAGUACCCUUGACCUAUGUUCUCGAUCGCUUAGAGACUACUCAAGAUGAAUUUGUCUUGCAAGAAUUAGUAAAACUUAUGUGGUUACGUAUAUCGUUGAAUGGUACACAUCACGAUAAAAUAAAGGAUGAAUUAGCAUACAUAGGAACAAGCAAUAUAAAUGCCGUUAGAAGAUUUUGUUUGCAUUCUAAAUCUGUUAUAAGUUUGAGUACAUCCACGAAGCUUAUUGAAACUUUGUUAUCUGUGAUAAGAGAAGAAAUGGAAUGUUUACCUGUAGCAAAAAUAUUAAACAAAAAUUAUAAUAAAAAAGUUAAAUUUAACAAGAAGAAGAAUAGCUUCGAAAAUGAUUCUUCAAAUAGUUGGAAUGAUGACUUUGAUAACUAUAGAGCUAUAAAUAUAUAUAUCGAUAUUAUUGCUAUGUUAUUAAUAGCAAAUAUUGAACAUAGUGACGAAGGAAUAUUGUAUAAAAAAGAAAUUAAUAUUUUACAACUAAUUGCACAUGCAUUACCAGAGCUUUUCAAGAAUUUCAGAGAAACACCAAUAAACGAGUCAAUAAUAUUUUUAUUUUCUUUAAUACCUCCGAAAUUUUUUUUGAAUAAAAUUGGUAUUCUGGAAAUGUUGAUACAACAACUGUGUGAUCCCAAUACUCCUGAUGAAAGUCUCCUUUCAAUUGUGUAUCUUCUCAUGAAAUGGAAUAAGGGAGAUACAAUUUUAUUCGCAUUAACGAAUCUUUUUACACAAUCUUUAAAUACAAAUGCAAGACAUAAUCAGAAUACUGCACAUGAUUUCCAAAUUAAUGAGAAGGGUCUAGAAUUAAGUUUACGAAUUCUAAAACAUUUACUGCAUGUUGAAUAUCAGUCAGUUUUAAUGAAUAAAUAUCAUAAGGACAUACUUAAAUUUUGGGAAAGUUUACAUAGACUAAGAAGUUUUAUAGAAAGAGAAAUGAAUAAUGAGUGCAAUAUAAAAAGUCUUGUAUCCAAAGAUAUAAUUAUAAAUUUUUUUAAAGAAUAUAUAUCAAUGAUUGCAAUAUUACAUAAAAAGGAUGUAUUUGAUACAUCAGAACAUUUUUCAGAGAUUUUAUUAUGGGUCAGGAGGACAAUAGUGACACACAUAUCGCACAUUGAUGUAAACAUUAUAGAAAAUCAUUAUACUUGUAAAAAUAUAAUAAAAAGUACUUUUGAUAUGUCAAAUUUACUACUGAAAGAGUGCAAUACUACUCCGAAACUAUGUUGUGAUAUUGUACUUUUAUAUUGCAGUUGUUUAUCAUCACCAAAUGGUAUAAUUUUUUUAAAUGAUGCAUUUGAUGCAAUAAUGAUGUUAUUAGAUUUUAGUAAAAUGGCUUAUGACGAACAAGAACCAAAUUUAUUAAACAUUGUUGUACCAAAUUUUGUAUGUAUUGUAAUGGUUACUUUAACUAAAUGUAGCAAAGAUAUAUUACUUAAAUAUACAAACGACAGAAAAAUACUGCAUAAAUUAACGCAAAAAUAUUUUUCCGUUAUUAAAAAUACUUUUGACAAUGAGAGUUCUUAUCUUUCAUAUAUAACUAUUAUGUUUAAUGCUGCAAUCAGUAGUAUAAGUAUGGAAAUUACACGUUUACUACAACGCUCACAUAUAAUAGAUGAAAAUAUUAUAAGCACACCGUUUCCUUAUCUAGCAAAAGAAAUAUUAAAAAUUAUUUUAAAUACAAAAAGAUAUCAAAAACUGAGUAUACAAGUAUUAACAAAGACAAUAACAAGUUGUGCAAAAAUUGACAUGUUAUCUUCUCUGAUAGUAAUAUACAAAAUGCUUAAAUCAAAUAAUAAAAAAGUUAUUAAUUUACUUAAAAACGUGACAUUAGCAUCCAAAGUACACUACCAAAAUCAAUCUUGUGAUACUCUCUUUGAUAGAACGAAUACUAUAAAGGAAAGACCAUUUUGGAAGGUGCUGUUCACCCCUUUGGACAAUCAGCUCGGUUUCCUUGUGACACAGUUCACUCUCUGGAUUCCGAUAAACUGCCUAACAGAAGGAUAUAAAUCGAAGAAGAAAAGGGAGAGAAGAUGGAAAACAGCAUCAUAUCGGCCGUUUCCGGGCCCUUUGUUGAUCGCCACGCCUCCGAAACUGCGUUUGCGCGUGACGAUUUGCGCAACAGUUGGAAGUUGGAAUUUUGCCUGGAAAUAGCCUUAAUCUCGACGAAAAUAAGGAGAGCAGGCUGAGCAGAACUGCAGCGGCUAUACUUUGCCCUUUUCUUUGCGAACAUUGAGCGCAUCAUCUGGUCGAGAAAAAGCCUAUGUUUCUCAGGUUGUGCUGCAUACGCAUGUGCUUCGUUUUACCAUGUCACACGAAUUUAUUACAUACGUUAUUGAUCAUUUGAUACCUUAUUUAUGUUCAUUUCAUGACUAUAAGUUCUCUAAUCUUUUUUGUUAUUGAAUAUUUGAAACGAGAUCUUGGAGUUUCGAGUUCACAUGCGUAACAAGGGAAUUAUUCUUUCGCAUAAAGUUGAACUUUAUUACGGACGGCAAUCAGACCCAAUCAGUACGGCAUAUUAGAAGCGUAUGCAUUUAAUGUCGCGUAUAAAGUGCGUCGAUCAGAAGUCCAAUUUUGUAAUCUUGCUGUGCAUAUGAAUGCGUGCCGCUGAUAAAUUGUCCUUCAUUUGGACCAGGCUGAGACUUUUCAAAAAAGUACUAUUUCAUUUAUUCAUUAUAAACAAACGAAAAAAAUAUCAAUCAUUACAUUUUACAAUA